UUUAGUCGGUACGGUCAUGUUACAGACACUUCAUCGCAUGGGGACUCUAGUUGCUGUUUGAUCAUUAACCAAACCUACUACUGGCCCUUUUGUCAACUCUUCAUGGCGUAUAUAUAGCGGUGGUCAUGAGCCCUAGUUGUAUCCGUGCAUAUUUCAAGCUUUGAGCUCUUUUAAGUGUUCUCUCGAACCCUAGAGAGCUGCCGAUACAUCGAUCGAUAAUAUUUCAUCCUUCAAACGAAGAGGAGAGGAGAAAAAAAUGAAGGCGGGCGGAGUGGAAGCCGGAGAGGUAGCAAGAGCCUCCGUCGCGAGGAGUGGUGUCAACAAAGGAGUGGCGGUUCUCGAUUUCAUUCUGAGGAUAGUGGCGUUCAUUUGUACCCUUGGAAGCGCAAUAGCCAUGGGGACGACGGACGAGACGCUCCCUUUCUUCACUCGGUUCAUCAGAUUCCGCGCUAAGUAUGAUGACCUCCCGACAUUCACUUUUUUCGUGGUCGCUAAUUCUGUUGUCGGCGCCUACCUCGUCCUCUCACUGCCGCUGUCCAUCUUCCACAUCAUGAGGAGUGCAGCGCAAAACAGCAGAAUUGUCUUGGUCAUCUUCGACGUGGCAAUGUUGGCGCUGUUGACGGCAGGAGCUUCGGCCUCGGCUGCCAUCGUGUACUUGGCCCACAAAGGGAACACCAAGGCUAACUGGUUCUCUAUCUGCCAGCAAUUCAACUCCUUUUGCGAGCGCAUCUCGGGCUCUCUGAUCGGGUCGUUCGGCGGAGUCGUAGUGCUCAUGCUCCUAAUCCUGCUGUCUGCCAUCGCGCUGUCCCGACGUUGAGCGGGAGCUGCAUGAUGCUGCUAUAUUUAUUAUGUUUCUAAGUCUGAAUGCGUAUUUUCCAUUCUAAAGUGUGUGAUUGUUUUGCUUGUUCCUUUUCAAGAGCUUGUGCUGUGUGUCGUUGUAAUUGUAAUGCAAUUGAUCUCCCUCUCUCUCUUUCGAUCAAUCGUCGAGGCUCGUCCACGUGAAAAGCUUAUGUCUAAUAAUCGUAAAAAGUGGAUUUCAUGUCCGGCAAUCGAAAAAAGUCCAUAACAAAUACAUUUGCAGAA